AUGCAUCGUAUCAUAGUCCUGAGUGACGGUACCUGGUGCGGCCGCGAGACUGGCACACAGUCCAACAUCUAUGAACUCGCCGAGCUCAUGGGAAUUCAAAUCGGCAAUCCAAACACAGAGGACCAACAUAUCCUGCGUACCCCAACAGUCAUAGCCCGGUACCAUCAUGGCGUCGGCGUUAAUAGCACGUUUCUGGACUACCUCUUCAACGGCAUCACCGCGCAGGAUCUUGCUGCCGAGUGCAUCUCCACUUACAAGUUCAUCGUCGAGAACUACACUCCAGACCACGAGAUAUGGCUGUUCGGGCUCAGUCGUGGAUCGUACACAGUACGAUGUGUGGCUGGUAUGAUUAAUAAUUGUGGAAUAAUCCGAAAGUGCAGAACUGCCGAAGAGACGGACCUUCUGUGCAGGGAGGUAUAUCGCAUUUACCGCUCGCGAUAUGCCAUCAACAAUCCGCAUUCAGAAGCGUCCAAGGAAUUCCGCAAAGCGAAGUCCUGGCCUCUUGUGGGUGACGAAGACUCUCCAGAGGACCGUUCUAAAGCCCCUGUUCGUUUUAUGGGUGUCUUCGACACUGUCGGCGGUCUAGGCAUCCCGACCUUUACUGGAGGGGUUGGUCUCGACUGGCCCGAAUUUUACGACAACGUUGUCUCCUCCGUCGUGGAUCAAGUGCAUCACUUGGUGUCUCUGCAUGACAGAUUCUACAUCUUCCAGCCUUGUCUUGCUAUCCGAAAGGAUGGGUCGAAAUCGGGCAUUGAAGAGGAGUGGAUUCCGGGGGUGCAUUAUGACCUCGGCAGACAACGAUUUCGGUUCUUCAGAAUCGGAGCCAGAAUAGUUGAGAGAUGGCUCGGGAACUGGAGCUUUGCUUCUAAAGUGAUUGAGCCGAAUGAAGUACUUGCAGACUUCGCGCUAUCGAAGAUGCUGAGGGCUAUUCACAGCCAAGAUCCCACCAACACAAUCAUCUCAAAAGCAAAGCUGGAUGAGGCCGAGGGGAGAAUCAAACGAGGCCAGACGUCAGGCAGACCUAAGACUGGUGAUGGCGACGUCUAUGCUAAAAUUGCGCAGUAUGCUCCGUUUGGGCAGCCUCUCUGGGGUAUUUUUACAACCCUAUCCCGAAUGGCGCCGGCCAUAAUGGAGCUAUUGCUUGCACUGAGAGAUCGGUUGAUUCCUGAUACACGAGCAAAUGUGUAUGAUUUUAUGGCGAUUGACAAAAGUGUAUCUGAAACGCAGUCGCUUGCACAGAUUGCCCGAGUGUCCGCCGACCGAUAUCCAUCUCAAACGUUCCAAUCUUGGACCUUAAGAGGGGGCAGGGCCACCCAUUAA